AUUUUUUUUGAAGCCUCACUCGAGAGCAUCAACUACAUCUAUGCGCCGCCAGCCGAGUCGGUAGUGUCGCAAUAUGGAUGGCCCGGUCGCCGUCGUCACAGUUAACGGCAACGGGUUAAACGAGACCGUGGCGUCGACUAUCGAUCCAGAACAGCUGGUCUCCUACCUCUCGAGCGUCCUCCAGGCACUAUUUGGAGCGACGGAACACGACUUGAAGGCGCACGGAAGUCUCUUACACCCUCUGAGACGGCCGGAAACACUCCAACGAUGCUCGCGAUUUGCCCAGGAGGCCCAGGCAGCCGCGUUGUACAUUUACAAGACACACUCCCUGAGCGAACCCACCGAGGACUCGGACGAAGAUGGCGUGAACGGUGUCACUGAUGGAUUCUCAGAUUACUCCUAUUCGAUAUCGUCAGACCUCGCCUACCCCCCUCACUGCGUUGCCUGCUUCGGCAUCUUCAAGGAUGGCUCGCCACUUGACAUGAACACACCCCUUGCGAACCAGGUACGGUUCAUGACGCUGCCUGCCUUCGAUUCCUCGAAUGCCGAGCGACCGUCAUCGUCCUCAGGCUUUGAAGACUUCCAUUCCAUGCUGCGGCUUGGUUUUGCACCUUCUUUUGACGCGUACACGAAAAGAAACGAUGCCGCCUCACAGCAGAAGGCCUAUGGGCGCGGUGAAGACUCACGAGUCGGCGGGAUUCCCGCCACGCGGAAAAAGAUGGAGGAGCUCAUACAGGCUUUGCUCAACUUACAGCAGAACAUAGAUAUUCCUGCACCUACACUUCAGGUCGAUCCGAUAAUACAACUUGCGUUAGACGAAGCGGCACGAAAGGGCGUGCCCCCUUCCAUAGAGUUCAUAGAUGCGAAGCACUUGUCCGACAGUUCUUUCAUGAACCGCCUCCAAGGUCAGGUCAACGGUUGGAUUCAAGAGAUACAGAAGACCACGAGAACUGACCGUGACCCGGCCGCCGGGUCGGCUCGGCAAGAGAUCAAUUUCUGGCUGUCUAUGGAACAUGCUCUCAAGCUUAUCGAGGAGCAACUGAAAAGCGAGGGAGUCGUUCUCACGCUUGAGGUUUUGCGACAUGCGAAGCGAUAUCAGGCCACUGUCAGUUUCACAGCAGAUACCGGGUUGAAGGAGAAGUUUGAUAUCGUCGAGAAGUAUAACCUAGUUAUGCGGGACUUUCCUCUGGACGAGCUGGAGACUGCUACAACCCUUGACAAGGUUGCUGAGGCCAUUAGACUGAUCUUCAGCCACCUUAACAAGAAGAUUCGUCUUAGCACUUAUCCAAUACGCAGGGCCUUACCCCUUGUCGAGGCCAUAUCUGCAGACCUAGACACGCGAAUUCACUCGAUUCUGAAUGGCCGUAUGCUUAUGCACUUCGACUAUCCUCAGUUCCAGAAAGAGAUGGCAGAAGCAGAAGCAGUGUUCCGCGCGUGGAAUGAACACCAGAAGGAGUUCACCAACGUUGCCCGAGAAGUGUUAAAACGACGAAACGAGAAGUUCAUCCCUAUCAAGAUCAACCCAAAACACAUGGGAACCAAGGAUCGACUUGAGUACAUCGCCAGAUUCCGAAACAACCACGAGCAGCUGCAGCGGACGAUCGUCAAUGUGCUUGGCGCAUCUGCAUUCAAGGAUGGAACAUCCGGAAACGACGGCAUCGGUGCCGUCAUCGUCGACGAGCUCGGCGAUGUUGAUGCCGUGGAAGAAGUUGCACAAGCAUAUGCGGCUCUGAAAGACGUUGAUGUGCUUGACUUGUCUCCAGAGGGCACCAGGAUCUGGGAGAGCGCAGAAGCCACCUACGACGAGCGGACUUCACGAGUGGAGAAUUCGAUCAUUGCGCAGCUUCGUGAUCGUCUUGCCACCGCAAAAGGCUCCGCAAAUGAGAUGUUCCGUGUCUUCUCGAAGUUCAAUGCCCUGUUUGUGAGACCAAAGAUUCGAAGUGCCAUCUCUCAGUACCAGACACAGUUAAUUGAGACGGUGAAAGAGGAUAUUGAUAAACUGCACGAGCGUUUCAAGCAGCAGUAUGGUUCUUCGGAAGCGCAUGCCAUGGCUCAGCUGCGAGAUUUGCCGCCUGUAUCUGGCGCCAUCAUAUGGGCUCGACAAAUUGAGAGGCAACUAGAGGGCUACAUGCGGAGAGUGGAAGAUGUGCUUGGUCCUGAGUGGCGAUUGCAUACGGAAGGCGAGCAACUCGAUGCAGACAGCCGAAACUUCAGACAGAAGCUUGACACAAAGCCGAUUUUUAACACUUGGUAUCAAGAUGUUGCUAGGAAAGACAUCGCUAUUCGCGGACGUCUCUUCAAAAUUGAGAGAAUCCGUUCGCUCGGCAACACCUACGAGCUCAUGGUGAAUUUUGACCCACAAGUCAUCACACUGUUCAAGGAAGUCCGAAAUCUAUGGUGGCUAGGGUUUCAGGUCCCGCACGCCAUCAACAACGUUUCCAAGGACGCGAAGCGGGUCUAUCCCUAUGCCGUCACGCUAAUGGAAACUGUUCGCAUCUUUACGCAAACGGUGCGCAAUAUUGCAGAUAUCGCCGAAGUGUCGCCCCUGCUUCACGGCUAUCAGAACGAGUCCGAAGCGCUCAUCCAGAAGGGUAUUGCGUUGAAGUGGGAGUCAUUCGUCAACGUCUACGAGGUUGUAACCAGAAGCACUUUCUCUGGUCCUGCUGCAGCUCCAGUCGGCAAGCGAAACGAGAGCAUGCACGUCAAGUUUGUGCAAGACUUCGCCUCAGCCAUCUCAACGCUACAGACGAAGACUUCUACGCUUGCAUCAAUACACGCUACCGUGCAGACCACGCUGAAAGAUCUGGAAUCGUGUCCCUAUGUUUUUAAGGAGUUCGAAUCGAAGCUACAGAUCAUUCAGAAGGCGGUAGAUCAGCUCAGUCUUGAGAACUACUCCAAUCUGCAAUGGUGGGUAGACCAGAUGAAUGCUCGGCUGAACGAAAUUCUCAUCAGCCGUCUGAAUCAUGCCAUCAAAGACUGGCUUGAAGUCUUCGAGAGUCCGGACGGGGAGCAUAAGCUGCCUGAAGCGGACUUUGAAGAAAAACAGAAAGUCCUACCCCAAUUCGAGCCACUUGCGCACGAGAUCUCUAUCCGCAACCAGACCAUCUUCCUCAACCCACCCUUGAACUUUGCGGAAGCACGAUGGCUCGUCAAUUUGGAGAACUGGCUUGCUGUUGUCUGCUCGCAGAAGCAGCUCAACGCUUCCCGGUACAAGCUACGGCUUGGACUUGACGUUGAAGAGACAGAGUCUUACUUCUCACACUUGCCUGCACGAUGUGUGGACUCGCUGCUGAACGUGCAUUCCGCAAUCAAGCGAAAGCUUGCCGUUGUUGCGGAGUAUGUUGACAUCUGGCUGCAGUAUCAAUCUCUGUGGGAUCUUCGUCCAGAACAAGUCUUUGACGAGCUGUCGGAAGACCUGUCUAAAUGGCUUCAGAUCAUCUCGGAAGUCCUCAAGAAUCGAAACACUUUUGACACUUCAGAUGUUAGCAAGGAAUUCGGACACAUCACGAUCAAGUAUGAACAGGUGCAGAACAAGGUCAACAGCCGCUUCGACCAAUGGCAGCAGGAGAUUCUGGUCAAGUUUGCGCAGUUGCUCGGUGGACGUAUGAACCUGCUGUACUCUGAGAUUUCUGAGGCGCGCAAAGAUCUAGAAGGUCAAGCUCUGGAGGCGUCCUCAACGCAGCAAGCCGUUACCUUCAUCACAACUGUGCAACAAUGCAGACGGCGUGCCAAGGCUUGGGCUACCGACGUGGAUCUCUUCCGGCAAGGCGAAACCACGCUUCGACGACAGCGCCGUCUACCUCAGAAGGAUUGGCUGUCUAUGGAGCAGAUCGACAAUGAGUGGCAAGCACUCACUCAAGUCCUUGAGCGAAAGACCAGAAUCGUGGAGGAACAGAGUGACGCUCUGCGGGCCAAGAUUCAAGCCGAAGAUACACUCGUGAACCAAAAGAUUGAAGAGAUCAAAAUUCAGUGGGCUGAAGACAAACCAUUGUCUGGCACCAUUCCUCCAGAUGAGGCUCAGAAGGUGCUUUUGGACUUUGAGUCGCGGCUUACGAAGUUGCGAGAUGAAGCUGAAGGCGUGUCCAAGGCAAAGGAAUCGCUCGACCUACAGCCCUCCCCCGAAAACAUUCUCCCAUCUGUGCUUGAGGAAUUGCAAGAUCUCAAAUCUGUCUGGGCAAGCUUGAAGACCAUCUCGGAUAAUCUCAACGAGCUCCGUGAUCAGCUGUGGGCAAGCGUUCAGCCCCGCAAGUUGCGUCAGCAUCUUGAAGGCGUGAUGAAGAUGACAAGAGAUAUGCCACCACGAAUGCGUAACUAUGCUGCCUUCGAGCACAUGCAAAACAGAAUACGUCAACUGCAGAAGGUACAGCCGCUCUUGAAUGACCUUCGCUCGGAUGCCAUGCAAGACCGACAUUGGAUCAAGCUUUUCAAACAGCUAAACCCAAGCAAACGCUACACCAAGAGCUCGCUGACGCUUGGCGAUGUCUGGGAUCUUCAGCUGCUUGCUAAUGAGGCAACUGUUAAGGAUGUUCUCGUGCAAGCCCAGGGUGAACUUGCACUCGAGGAGUUCCUCAAGGACGUUCGUAAGACGUGGCAAGAGUACAGUCUUGAUCUUGUCAUGUACCAGAACAAAUGCAAACUCAUCCGUGGCUGGGACGAUCUCUUCGCGAAGUGUAGCGAGCAUCUUAACUCCUUGCAGGCCAUGCGACAUUCGCCGUACUAUAGGGAAUUUCAGCAAGAAGCAUCGCGAUAUGAAGACCAGCUUAACCGAGUCCACGUGCUCUUUGAUGUAUGGAUCGAUGUACAGCGUCAAUGGGUCUAUCUUGAGGGAGUUUUCACUGGUAACGCAGAUAUCAAGCACUUGCUGAAGACAGAGAGUGCACAUUUCCGAACGAUAAACAGCCGCUUCUUUGACAUCAUGAAGCAGGUCGCCAAGUCGCCCAACGUCAUGGAUGUCCUCGACAUCGAGAACAUCCAGAGCCGUCUUGAGGAGCUAGCCGUUCUUCUUGGGAAGAUUCAAAAGGCUCUCGGAGAAUAUCUGGAGCGCGAACGUUUGUCAUUCCCACGAUUCUAUUUCGUUGGUGACGAAGAUCUGCUCGAAAUCAUUGGCAACAGCUCGGAUACAACGCGUGUGUCGAAGCAUCUACGGAAGAUGUUCGCUGGCAUCGCAAGCCUCGUCACCGAUGAGGAAGACGAGUCGAACAUCGUCGGUUUCCUGUCGAAGGAGGGAGAACUAGUGUACUUGCGAAAGGAAAUCUCUCUUACGCGAACUCCCAAAGUCAACGAAUGGCUUGCUGCUCUUGAGCAGGGCAUGAAAAUGUCUCUUGCUGCACAUCUGUCUGACGCGGUUAAGGAGUACGCGGACAUCAUGCAAGCUGAAACCGUAGACUCCGAGGACUUUGACCAAUACAUCAAUGGCUAUCCCGCGCAGAUCGUCGUUCUUGCUUCACAGGUCUGCUGGACAGAUGAGGUUGAGAUUGCUCUCAGCGAAGGUGGCGCGUCACUUCAGCGCUUGUAUGAACGACUGAUUUCCCUACUACAGCUUCUUGCCAAUGCUGUACUUGGAGAUUUGGAGCCGCUCACCCGUCGCAAGUGCGAGCAUCUCAUCACUGAAUUCGUUCAUCAGCGAGAUUGUGUCGUAAAGCUGCAGAAGGCUGGCGCGGACUCCCCGCAACAUCCAUCAUGGCUGCUUCAAAUGCGCUACACGUAUAGACCCGACAAUGAGCCUCUCGACCGACUACAUGUCAAGAUGGCUAACGCCAGUAUUGUUUACGGCUACGAGUAUCUCGGCGUACCAGAUAGACUUGUCCGCACUCCACUGACGGAUCGAUGCUUCUUGACUCUGACUCAGGCUCUGUGUCAGCGUCUUGGUGGUUCGCCCUAUGGCCCCGCAGGAACCGGAAAAACCGAGUCGGUCAAAGCACUUGGUCUUCAGUUGGGUCGCUUCACUCUCGUCUUCUGCUGUGAUGACACAUUCGACUUCCAGGCUAUGGGUCGUAUCUUCCUUGGUAUCUGCCGUGUCGGCGCCUGGGGCUGCUUCGAUGAAUUCAAUCGUCUCGAGGAGCGAAUUCUGUCGGCCGUGUCUCAACAGAUCCAAAACAUCCAGCUCGGUUUGCGUAAAGCUGCAAUUGAUAACAAGGCUGAGAUCGAGCUGAUUGGCCGCAAUCUGAAGGUUCAUGGAAACACUGGUAUAUUCAUAACCAUGAACCCUGGAUAUGCGGGUCGAUCGAACUUGCCGGACAACCUCAAGAAGUUGUUCCGCAGUGUGGCCAUGUCUAAACCAGACAAGGAGCUUAUUGCUGAAGUUAUGUUGUACUCUCAAGGUUUCUCGUGUGCGAAGGAACUUUCCAGGCAAACUGUUCCUUUCUUCGACCAGUGCUCCAAGAAACUUUCUAAACAGGCACAUUACGACUUCGGUCUACGUGCAUUGAAGAGUGUUCUCGUCAGCUCCGGUGGCUUGAAGCGCGCUAGGCUUGCUGUCACACAGAAAGAAAAGAUGAAGGAUGACGUUGUCGAGCCUCAAAUCAUUGUUCAAAGUAUCCGAGAGACAAUUGCGCCAAAGCUCAUCCAGUCAGAUGCGGAUCUCAUGCGUGGCAUCCAGGAAGAGUCUUUCCCUGGUGUCGAAUACAUUCCUGCCCCUCUUGACGCCCUACAGGAUGCAAUUCGUGCCGAGGCCGCGGAAGCUAAGCUGCUUGCCUCUGAUAACUGGAUGACAAAGGUGCUUCAGCUGUAUCAGAUCCAAGGGUUGCAUCAUGGUGUUAUGAUGGUCGGAUCCUCAGGCUCGGGCAAGUCGAGCGCUUGGAGAAUCCUGCUCAAGGCUCUUCAAAAGGUUGAUGGGAUUGAAGGUGUCUGCCAUGUCAUUGACCCGAAAGUCAUGUCCAAGGAACACUUGUAUGGCACGCUGGACAGCACAACUCGAGAGUGGACCGACGGUCUUUUCACCAACAUUCUACGCAAAAUCGUGGACAACCUUCGAGGCGAAGACUCCAAGCGCCACUGGAUUGUGUUUGACGGUGACGUGGAUCCCGUGUGGGUCGAGAACUUGAACAGUGUUUUGGACGACAACAAGAUGCUUACCCUACCAAAUGGCGAGCGUCUCAAUCUGCCCCCGAACGUCCGCAUCAUGUUUGAGGUCGAGACCCUGAAGUAUGCAACUCUUGCUACUGUCAGUCGAUGCGGUAUGGUCUGGUUCAGCGAUGACAUCGUCUCAACCGAGAUGAUUGUGUCCAACUACAUCUCUAACCUCCGUGAGGUGCCUUUCGACGACAUUGAAGAUGCCUCACUUGCCCCAGGCCAGCUUAAUCAAAAGCUUUUGGCGACGCAAGGCCAGGUCGCCGACAUUCUGCAAAGGCGUCUUACUGAAGGAAACUUUGUACAACACGCGCUUGCCAAGGCUAGCGAAUACCGGCAUAUCAUGGAUUUCACCAACAUCCGCGUACUCAAUACCUUGUUUUCGCUUCUAAACAAGGCUUGCCGAAAUAUCAUCGAAUACGAUAUCCAGCACUCAGACUUCCCGUUGGAAACCGGUCAAAUUGAGUCCUAUCUAUCGAAGAAGUUGCUUCUCUCCCUGGUCUGGUCACUGACUGGUGAUUGCCCACUGGCAGACCGCAAGAGUUUUGGCGACGACAUUGUGAACAUGACCACUGUCGAUGAUCUUCCUUCUCUCAACGAGAACUCGUCACUCAUCGAUUUCGAUGUAACUCUGCCAAAGUCCGAGUGGUCGUCGUGGCAGAAUCACGUCGUUAACAUUGAUGUCGACACUCACGCCGUCACCGACACCGAGGUGGUCAUUCCCACAUUGGAUACCGUCCGCCACGAAGAUAUUCUGUACUCGUGGUUGGCAGAGCACAAGCCUCUUAUUCUCUGUGGUCCUCCAGGUUCAGGAAAGACGAUGACCUUAUUCAACUCACUAAAGAAGCUAGAGCAAAUGGAAGUCGUCGGCCUCAACUUCUCUAGUGCCACCACACCAGACCUGCUUAUCAAGACGUUCGAACAAUACUGCGAAUACCGGAAGACCCUGAAUGGUGUUGUGCUCACACCGUCACAAGUCGGUCGAUGGCUAGUAAUUUUCUGCGACGAAAUCAAUUUGCCCGCCCCAGACAAAUACGGUACUCCCAGAGCGAUCUCUUUCCUGCGUCAACUCGUCGAACAAAAUGGUUUCUGGCGCACUUCUGACAAACAGUGGGUUACCUUGGACCGUAUCCAGUUCAUCGGAGCUUGUAAUCCACCUACCGACCCGGGACGAACUCCUCUUGGCCUGCGCUUCCUUCGCCAUGCGCCAGUCGUCAUGGUCGAUUAUCCCGGUGAAGUUUCUCUCCAGCAGAUUUACGGCACGUUUAACAACGCCGUGCUCAAGAUCAUACCUUCUUUGCGCGGCUACGCUGAUCCGCUCACCAAGGCCAUGGUUCAAGUUUAUUCUGAGUCUCAAAAGCGAUUCACUCCGGACAUUCAACCACACUAUGUCUAUUCUCCUCGUGAGCUGACGAGGUGGGUUCGCGGUGUGUAUGAGGCAAUUCGUCCGUUGGAAAGCUUGUCGCUUGAAGGCCUCGUUCGAAUCUGGGCACAUGAAGCAUUGCGCUUGUUCCAGGAUCGUCUCAUCGAGGAGGAAGAGCGAAAAUGGACCGAAGCUGCUAUCAACCGCAUUGCUUUGGAACACUUCCCAACCAUUGACGAAGAGAAGGCUCUUGGCGCCCCAAUUCUGUUCUCUAGUUGGGAUUCUAAGCACUAUGUUCCAGUAGAGCGAGAGCGCCUUCGUGAUAUUGUCAGUGAGCGCCUCAAGACCUUCUGUGAGGAAGAAGUUGAUGUCCGCCUCAUUCCCUUCAAUGACCUACUGGAGCAUGUCCUUCGCAUUGAUCGUGUCUUCAGGCAAUCACAAGGACAUUUGAUUCUCAUAGGUGUGAGCGGUUCAGGCAAAACUACGCUAUCACGUUUUGUUGCUUGGAUGAACGGUCUGAAAGUCUUCCAGAUCAAGGUUCAUGGCAAAUACUCCGCCGAAGACUUUGAUGAAGAUUUGCGAAACGUGCUUCGACGUUGCGGAUGCAAGGGUGAAAAGAUUUGCUUCAUAAUGGAUGAAUCAAACGUUCUUGAUUCUGGCUUCCUUGAACGCAUGAAUACUCUGCUUGCCAAUGCGGAGGUGCCAGGUCUUUUCGAAGGAGAUGAGUUCGCUACUCUUAUGACACAGUGUCGAGAAGGCGCGCAGCGUGAAGGCGACAAAGGGCACAUGCUCGACUCUCCAGAAGAGCUUUACAAAUGGUUCAAGGCGCAGAUUGCAAAGAACCUGCACGUCGUCUUCACCAUGAACCCUCCCACAGAAGGACUUUCAUCUAAGGCUGCAACUAGUCCUGCUUUAUUCAACCGUUGCGUCCUGAACUGGUUCGGCGAUUGGUCUGAUCAAGCUUUGUACCAAGUCGGCUCUGAGCUUACGCAGAGCAUUGAUCUCGAUCGUGCCAAUUACACGGCGCCCGAGGGUCUUCCAGUUGCUUAUCGUGACCUUCAACUGCCCCCAAGUCAUCGUGAUGCCGUGGUCAACGCCAUGGUACAUAUCCACUACUCUCUACAUCGUACGAACGAGCGCUUGGCUAAGCAGCAGGAUAAGAUCACGUAUCUUACUCCGAGACACUACCUUGAUUUCGUUGACCAAUUUGUCAAGCUUCACCGCGAGAAGAGAGAAGACUUGGAAGAACAGCAGCGCCAUCUCAACGUCGGUUUAGAUAAGUUACGAGAAACAGUGGACAAAGUCUCCGAGCUUCGGCGUAGUUUGGCUAUUAAAAAGGCAGAGCUGGAAGCGAAGAACAAAGAGGCAAAGGAGAAGCUGAACAAUAUCGUCGCGAACACCCAAGAGGCGGAGAAGAGAAACAAAGCUUCACAAGAAGUGCAGGUCAACUUGGAGAAGCAACAAAAAGCUAUAGCGGAGCGCAAGGUUAUUGUAGAAGAAGAGCUUGCGCAAGCAGAACCAGCAGUCAUCGAGGCGAAGCGAAGUGUCAGCAACAUCAAGAAGCAGCAUCUUACCGAAGUUCGUUCUAUGCAGCGUCCGCCAACUGGUGUACGUAUGGCCGUGGAAGCUGUUUGUGUACUGUUAGGACACAAGGUUUCCGACUGGAGCGCUGUCCAAGCCAUCAUGAAGCGUGACGACUUUAUUGCGAGCAUCGUCAACUACGACAACGAACGACAAAUGACCAGGGCCUUGGCGAUAAAGAUCCAAAACGAGUACCUAUCCAAGGAGGAUUUCAGCUACGAGCGGGUCAACCGUGCGUCCAAAGCCUGCGGUCCCCUCGUUCAAUGGGUCGACGCUCAAGUCAAGUACGCUCUUAUACUGGAAAAGGUUGGCCCUCUGCGCAAUGAGGUUAGAGAGCUCGAGGAGAGUGCACUGGACACAGAGGCGUCGGCGAAGGCGAUCGAGAAUAAGAUCGCUGAGAUCAACCAAAAUCUCGAAACCUAUCAACAAGAGUUCUCACUGCUUACUUCGCAGAUUGAGGCUCUGAAGUCAGAAAUGACUCAAGUCGAAUCCAAGGUUGAUCGUAGCAUGAGACUGCUUGAUAGUUUGUCAUCGGAACGUAGCAGGUGGGAGGAGACAAGCAAAUCCUUCGAAACGCAAAUCGACACUCUCGUCGGCGACGUUCUCGUUUCCGCGGCUUUGAUGGCGUACGGCGGCUUCUACGACCAGCAAUACCGGCAAACAAUGAUGAAUGAUUGGCUCAGCCAUCUGGCAGCGUCGGGAAUCCGCUACAAGGAGCACAAUCCUGUCACAGAGUAUCUGUCGACUGCUGAUGAGCGCUUACAGUGGCAACAGAAUACCUUACCCGUAGACGAUUUGUGCACUGAGAAUGCCAUCAUGCUCAAGCGAUUCAAUCGCUACCCGUUGAUCAUUGACCCGUCUGGUCGGGUAACUGAAUUCUUGCGCAAGGAAUUUGAGGGUCGUCUCACCGUCACAAGCUUUUUGGAUGAUUCAUUUACCAAACAACUGGAGAGUUCUCUGCGUUUCGGCAAGCCGAUCCUCAUUCAGGAUGCUGAACAUCUUGAUCCAAUCCUGACCCACGUGCUCAACAAAGAACAUCAGAAGACUGGAGGUCGAGUGCUCAUCCAACUCGGUCGCAACGAGAUCGAUUUCUCGCCGUCCUUCAAAAUGUUCUUGUCUACACGUGAUCCAUCUGCCAAUUUCGCCCCCGACAUUUGCAGUCGAACUACAUUGGUCAACUUCACGGUUACAAAGAGCAGCCUGGAAACACAGUCACUCAAUGAAGUUCUCAAGUCCGAAAGACCAGAUGUCGAUGAGCGCCGCUCAAAUGUCAUCAAGAUGCAGGGCGAAUUCAGCGUCCACUUGCGCCGUCUGGAGAAGGAACUUCUUCAAGCACUCAACAAUUCUCAAGGCAACAUUCUCGAAGACAACAAGGUUUUGGAAACCCUGGAGCGAUUGAAGAAAGACGCUGCUGAGAUCACCGCCAAGGCGGCUCAGACGCAGGGCAUUUGGGCAGAGGUUGAGAGCAUCACGCAACAGUACAAGGUCAUCGCUAGCUCUUGCGCCGCUAUCUUCGCGGUCUUGGAGCAACUACAUCGUAUGAAUCACUUCUACCAAUUCUCCCUGCAGUAUUUCACGGAUAUUUUCAAGGACGUGCUCAGUCUGGCAAAGAACUCGCGAGAGUCGAACAACAAUGCACGCAUCGAUGUCAUUGUCAAGGAGCUCUUCAUUAAUACAUACCGUCGUACCUCGCUUGCGAUGUUGCAAAAGGACAGGGUCGCUCUUGCGAUGUUGCUUGCCCAUGCCACGCCAUUCAAGCUGGACCGUAGCUUGAUCGACUUAUGCUUGCGAAGUGACCUUGAAGGCGUUGACGUUUCAACCGAACCAGAACGUCGAAAUGAGGCUAUGCAACGUGCCCAACGGCUGCGACCUCUGAAGGACGUACUCAGUGUUAUUGACAACGCUGCUUGGGACAAAUUUUUGGGCUCGGAGCUCGCUGAAGACAACAUUCCAGCUUCAUGGCCUGCUGGCACUGACAGCCUUGAUCAACAACUUCUUUCGCUUAUCUUGAUCAAGUUGUUCCGAGUUGAUCGAUUCGUACCCGCUGUUGAGCGCUUUGUCACGGCAGUUUUCGGUCGCGGUCUGCUUGACUUUAGUGGUGACCUUGGUGACAUUGUCAAGCAAGUUUCAGCUGUCACACCGAUUGCCCUCAGCUCGACUCCCGGCUUCGACGCAAGCUAUCGUGUUGAGACUCUCGUUGAGCGAACCAAUGCAACAUGUGCCAAGAUUGCCAUGGGCUCCAACGAGGGUGUUGCCACAGCUGACAAGGCAGUCAGCAAUGCAGCAGCAACAGGCUCUUGGGUUCUCAUCAAGAACGUCCAUCUUGCGCCUGCAUGGCUUCAGAGUUUGGAGAAGCGCAUUGAUUCACUGAAGCCUCAUCCCGAGUUCCGUCUGUUCCUGUGUAUGGAAACCAGUCCGAAGAUACCGGUCAACUUGCUCCGUGCCUCGCGAAUCUUGAUGAAUGAACAGCCAGCUGGCAUACGCGCCAAUAUGAAGGACUCGCUUUCCUCCAUGUCGCUAAGGGCUGUGAAGCAACCUGUUGAACGUGCCCGUGUCUACCUACUACUAGCGUUGUUGCAUGCCGUGGUUCAGGAACGUCUACGCUAUGCGCCUAACUUGGGCUGGAAAGGCUUCUGGGAGUUCAAUGAUAGUGAUAUCGAAUGUUGUGCUUUCAUCGUCGACACUUGGAUCGAAUCCGUCUCUCAAUCAAGAUCCAACAUCAACCCCCGCAACAUUCCAUGGUCGAUGAUUCGUACUCUUACCACGGAGAUGUAUGGUGGCAAGAUCGAUGACGAGGGCGACUUCAAUAUUUUGAGCUCAUUGGUUCAUAAUUUCCUAUCACCCCAGGCAUUUGAGGAUGAGUAUGAUAUCAUCGCAAAUAUUCAGCCAAGCGGAGAUGCCGGAAAGGACAAGUUGAUCUUGCCAAGCGGCAUUGGCUGGAGAGAUUUCACUGGGUGGGUUGAUGAAUUGCCGGAACGUGAGCCUCCAACGUACUUGGGUCUGCCGGCAAAUGCUGAGAAGCUGUUGCUCGUCAAUCAAGCCAAGGAGAUCAUUGACAAGCUCAGCUUAGUCAUGAGCAUUCUAGAAGAGGGGGAGCGCGUUAUGGAAGAAAUUGUAGAGGGAUAAGCACUCAUUAAGUGUGAAGAUCAUUUCAUUUGUUGUAUUAUGAAGAUUACUCUGCUCUUGGUUGUACUGCAUGGCGAUGGGGUCAAGAGGGGAGGCCCCUUAGGUUGUUUGACUGGACCCGAAACCAUGGGCCAUGGAGUUGACGGUUUGACUUUCUAAUGGCUACAUGGGUCAGAGAUCGGAUAUACCCACUGCACGCUUCUUGUAUGUGUUUUUAUAUUUGCGAAUGGGUGGUGUGCUGUAUCAGAUUGUGCGUAGUGUGAAACAGAUUCAAUUUGGUAGCAAAAUUACAUUAUUCGAUUGUAAGACCUCA